AUGAAUACUCCACCUACACCAAUGCAUCCGGCUCCAAAUGAGGAGAUCAGAGACUUACCAACUGGUGAACUUUCCUCGAAAACGGUGGAAGACAUUGACUUGAAUCCAGAUUUGUAUGAUGAAACAGAAGUGGUUUCGGAGGGCAAUCAGACAGCUCGUUCAGAAAGUGGAAUAUAUCAGAAUCAAGACCAGGUCACUGAUAAAUCUGAACUUGUGAGAGGCUCCACUUCUAGUUUGGAAGAAGUCCGUUUUGAGGAAGUUGAUUCAUUCACCCGUCCCUUUGAUGAGUGCUUGGAACUGACAAAGAAAUCUUUUUAUAAUAACUCGCGUGGUCAGGUGAACAAUAAGCAAGAAAGCAGGCUAAUUAAUUAUGUAGAUGACAGUCUUCUUCAGGUGCAACGACGAUUCAUUAAAAAUCAGGCCGAUGUAGCGGAACCGUAUCUGUUGCAUGAGUUAAUUACAGACAUUACAAGGCUAAUAGAAUUGAUAUGGUUUUCUAUUGAUAAGAAUGGAAGGUUAUAUGGUCAGGCAGACUAUCUCAUCAAGAUUUUGGGCGAUUUGGAGGAUUAUUUAUCCUAUUACGAUUUAUUCCCUAUUAUUAGUUUGCUGGAUCAAAGUCCUUUAAUAACAGAAUACAUGCAUUCUACGCUUGCUGGCUUUCUCAAUUUUUUUCAGGGCCUUGAUGUUAAGCUUUCAUUUUUAAUUGAUGGAUAUAUUAUGAGAUUGGGGAGUGAAGAGAUUGAAAAGAUUAACAAAACCCAAAUGGUAAGGUUAGUUGCAAUUAUAUCUAGACUAAGAAUUUUAAUAAUUUCUAAAAUUGAACCUUUCAGAAUUAGUCUUUUUCAUUACCUGAAAAAUGGGACUGAUGAUGAGUUAAAAUUAGAGGCAAGAAGCUAUCUUAAUGUUUUGGAUGUUGAAAUUGGCAGAUUGUUUGAAGGUAUUCUCGAACGUAGCUAA